GGCAACGGCGCAGCAAGAUGGCGGCGCCGGGGACGGAGGUGGUGGCGGUGGCGGGUCCCGGGGCCGGCCCCGAACAGCAAGUAACUAGCAAUGGAACUGCUGGCGGAGGCGAAGGAGUUGCCGAGACCCAGCAACAGAAUCAGCCCCCGCAGCAAGCGCCGAAUGCCUGGCAGGUCAUCAAGGGAGUCCUGUUCAGGAUCUUUAUCAUUUGGGCCAUCAGCAGUUGGUUCCGUCGUGGGCCGGCACCACAGGACCAAACCACCACUGGCGGGGUACCCAGGGCGCCGAGCCGCAACCUUUUCCCUAAAGACACUUUAAUGGAUCUUUAUGUCUAUAUCUCAGAGCACGAGCACUUUACAGAUUUCAAUGCCUCCAAGUCGUUGUUUUGGGAGAAGCGGGAUCUUGUCUAUGGGGACUGGAGCAGUGGCGAGAAUUCCGACGGGUGUUACGAGCACUACGCAGAUCUGGAUGUCCCUGAGAGCGUUCAACACAAUGGCUCCAUCUACAUCCACGUUUACUUCACAAAGAGUGGGCUCCAUCCCGAUCCGAAGCAGAAGAAUUCCUACAAGCGACUCUCCACAGUGCAUAUGUCACGAAUGAUAAAUAAGUACAAGCGCAGACGGUUCCAGAAAACCAAGAACCUGCUAACAGGGGAGACGGAAGCGGAUCCCGAAAUGAUCAAAAGAGCCGAAGACUAUGGCCCCGUGGAGGUGAUAUCCCACUGGCACCCGAACCUCACCAUCAACAUUGUGGACGACCACACGCCAUGGGUGAAGGGCAGCGUCCCCCCUCCUCUGGACCAGUAUGUCAAGUUCGACGCAGUGAGUGGCGACUACUACCCCAUCCUGUACUUCAACGACUACUGGAACCUGCAGAAAGACUACUUCCCCAUCAACGAGACAGUGGAGCACUUGCCCCUCCGCCUCUCCUACUGCCCGCUAUCGCUGUGGCGCUGGCAGCUUUAUGCCGCCCAGAGCACCAAGUCCCCCUGGAAUUUCCUGGGUGAAGACCUGUACGAGCAGUCGGACGAGGAGCAGGACUCCGUCAAGGUUGCUCUUUUGGAAACCAAUCCAUACCUGCUAGCUUUGACCAUUGUAGUUUCCAUUGUGCACAGCAUAUUUGAAUUCCUUGCUUUCAAAAACGAUAUCCAGUUCUGGAACAGCAGGCAGUCCCUCGAAGGGCUUUCUGUCCGCUCGGUGUUCUUCGGGGUGUUCCAGUCACUUGUGGUCCUGCUCUAUAUCCUGGACAACGAAACUAACUUUGUGGUGCAAGUCAGCGUCUUCAUCGGGCUCCUCAUCGACCUCUGGAAGAUCACCAAGGUCAUGGAUGUCAGGCUGGAUCACGACAAUAAAAUCGCAGGGAUCUUUCCACGCAUAACCUUCAAAGACAAAUCAACAUACAUAGAAUCGUCUACCAAAGUCUACGAUGACAUGGCUUUCCGGUAUCUCUCCUGGAUCCUCUUCCCACUCCUGGGUUGCUAUGCCGUGUACAGCCUCCUCUACAUGGAACACAAAGGCUGGUACUCCUGGGUGCUCAGCAUGCUGUAUGGAUUCCUCCUGACCUUUGGUUUCAUCACCAUGACACCUCAGCUGUUCAUUAACUACAAGUUGAAGUCGGUCGCUCAUCUCCCCUGGAGGAUGCUCACCUACAAAGCCCUCAAUACCUUCAUCGACGACCUCUUUGCCUUCGUCAUCAAAAUGCCCAUGAUGUACAGGAUAGGCUGCCUUCGAGACGAUGUCGUUUUCUUCAUUUACCUCUACCAGCGGUGGAUCUACCGGGUGGAUCUGACCCGUGUCAACGAGUUUGGGAUUAGCGGGGAGGCACAAGCGUCACAAACGACACAAAGCACGGCUCAGCAGGACGGUGCUCCCAUGCUGCCGGCCAGCGGCCCCCUUGGCGCCAUCACAGAAGGGCCAGCUAACGGAGCCCCCCCGGCAGCGACGGAGGGAGUAGCUGAUCAGGAUUCUGUAGCAGGCUUUCCAGACGGUGUUCCCCAAGCGCCGCCCUCGAAAACAGCGGAAGAGAAGAAAAAAGAUUAA